GCCCACCGGAGCGCAGGAUCUACAAAACAUGGUCCCCACCAGUUUGAGUCCUGCUGGCCUGUCUCUGCUUCCAACCCAACUGCUAUCGGGCUUUAGUUUCAUGUCAGCAAUCUCUAUUUGCUUUCCAAAAAUAAGCCUCUGCCACCAUGCUGAAGGGAGAAAAACAAGAAGGGAGGUAUUUUUAGGGCCAUUAAUUCUGACCACGUGCCCAGGAGGUGAACCGGAUGGCCACUGCACAAAGACUUCUCAUCACUAUGUCCUGCGAAGCCAGCAUUCACCGGACGUUGCCUGCUUUCGUUCUCCUGGGUUUUCUAGCUGGGAUUGCUUCAACACAUCCAGUUGUAAGCAGAACUAAUGGCACAUUGCUGGAAAGAGGAUGGCAAUCUCUGUUGUCCAGGUCCAUUGCUGGGAUGUCAGGGGAGAAGUCAGAUGUGAACUGGGAGAGUGACUAUUUGCUAGGAAUCAAGAGGCAGCGGAGGCUUUACUGCAACGUGGGCAUCGGGUUUCACCUUCAAAUCCUCCCAGACGGAAGGAUAAGCGGAGUUCACAAUGAAAACCAAUACAGUCUCUUUGAAAUAUCCACUGUAGAGAGAGGUGUUGUUAGCCUGUUCGGUGUGAAGAGUGAUCUCUUCAUCGCAAUGAACAACAAGGGGAAACUAUAUGGAACGCCUGGUUUCCAAGAUGAGUGCAAAUUCAAAGAAACCUUGCUGCCCAAUAACUACAAUGCAUAUGAAUCAAAUGCUUACCCUGGUGCUUACAUAGCACUCAGCAAACAUGGGAGAGUGAAGAAAGGAAACAAGGUUUCUCCUGCUAUGACAGUGACCCACUUUUUACCGAGAAUAUGAACAUGAGCAAAGCAGAAGAUUCAAUCCCAGGAAAAACUGUUUCAUUUUGCACAUGGGAAUAAUCUCCCAGGUAAAGUAUUUAUACUGCUCAUUGAAAAAAAAAAUCUAUAUAUGUAUGUGUAUAUUUGGAUAAAAAUAUUUGUACUAGAUUCAUCACAUAGCAUAUGUAAUAUGAUGCUGCUUCUCUUCUACUCUGAACAAAUUUACAUGGCUGUGUGCCUCCUUUGGUGCUGAACAGAGAAAAAUGCAAGCUGGAGUGCAAAGGAAAAAAAGUAUUUGGAAGAUAUAGAAUGGCUGUGGAUAAUAAGCUAAUCAACCAUAGGUUAUUUACUAAUUAAUAUUAAUUACCUCAGAUAGUAAUAUUUCAUAGUGAGCUGUUUACAUAUCAUGGGCCAAAUCAUCAGAUGACUUUGCUUCACCAGAGCUUCAAGCAGUUCACUCCAUCUGAAUAUCUGCCUGCACCUCCCCUUCUGCACACUGUGUCCUGUCUCAUAAAGUCCUCAAUCUAUUUUGAUCAUUAGGGUGCCAAUUCCACAACCGUUUCCACACAAGCAAACUGUCUACCCCCAGAGCCCCUCUGUCUCUGAAGGGAUUCUCCAGGGUCUCCUCACAUGGACUUGUUGCCAAAAUGAAGACCUACAAUCAAUUUCCCUUAGGAAGGGCCACGGGAUAAAUCACAGAUGGGUCCGAAAUGCAAAAUAUAUUUGGAGCUGAGGAUUUUGAAUGCCGCCUCCUUGCCAUUUUGUGAGCUUAGUUUAGACCUGCCUCAAAUAUAGAUGUGUACAUCUUUAAUAUAAAUACGUGUAUAUAUAUAGACAUGGGAUGUGUGAGUGUGUAUCUAUGUAAUUACAUACUUUUAAUGACUCAAUCAUCCCAGUCUCUAGAUGCCCAAGUGCCUUUUUAUGUGUACACAUGUAAAAGAACAGAAGUAUUUAAAGGCACUGUGUUUCAUUUAGGCUGAACCUUGUUAAUCUCUAAGAACUAGAACUGGCCUGCAGGAUGCAUUUUGUAAAAUGUAUGAAAUUCAUGAAAGCUUCCAGCAAAGGGUUAUUUUAGAAAACUUCUCUGUUUUGAAUUCUCUUCUACUUACUGCUUUAAGUAUAUUUGGUUCUUCUCUAUUAUACCUCACUGAGGUAUGAAGGACAGAGGAAGAAGGUUAUACAAGCACGCCUUCCUGGGUUGGGGCAGAGGAAUUUGUGCCAUAAUUCCAAUGUCUGUUACUUGCAAAGCAUCAGUUUCAAAGACAACACUGCAAGCUGUACGAAAUACUCUCCAAAUCUCUCCCAGAAGCCAUACAAAUGGCAUAUAACCUUGCCUUACUAUUUUGACAAGCUUUUUCCAGAUCACCAAUGAAGCUACAUUCUCUGUGCCUUUGAAAAAGUAUUUUAAGAGGCCCUAAGUCAAUAGUCACUAUAAAUGUCAGUUACCAGAAGCCUUGGGAUUCCUGUAUUGAUGGCAUGCUCCUAAAUUUGAAACUAGAUUCAAUGCAAUGUCAGAGCAUGAGCAUUUUCAGCAUAGAUAGACCAUGCUGCUGCAGAAGUGAACAUCUGAGUGCAAGAUAAUCUCCCACGUCCAGCCAAAAUGUGGCUAUGUCCAGCCUUGACAUGCCAUUCUAUUUGCAGGGGGUGUCUAUUCAUGAUGAAUUUGAGCCUUCUGACAUGCAUGAAAAACACUGUCAGGGCCAGAUCCUCAGUUGGAGUAAACCGGCCUAGUAAGACUAUCAUUUUAUAGCUGCAGAAGAUUUGGCUCAAAGAGCACACCUACAAGGUUGUAUCUACAGCCACACUUUUGUCAAGACAAUUGUUUUGUGAACAAGAUACAGUUUUCCAGCUACUUUUGUGUGAUUUAUACUUGAAUUUAUUUUGCUCAAAUGUGAGUGGUGAUCACAGUGUAAAUUAAGAGAAAAAAAGAAUGGAAUACUGUUUACAGUACAUGAACGGGACACUUUGGAUAUGGCGAAGGAAAGGAAUUACUCUUCAUUUUCUGGUCUUGCGGUAUGUAGAGAGAAGCCAAGUUGGCACACUUUGUUCAUCCACAACGUGUGCAGCAGUUUGCUUUGGAAAAAUGUGCAUUUUAAGAGAAAAAGCAGGAUGUUUUGAGUGGGGAGAGUGGGUCAAAGAAAAGUUUGGAGGCUAUCAGACAGUUAUGUUGACCUAGAGUCCCUAGAGGUGCGGAUAGGAAGACUACAGCUGUGCUGAAAUACAUUAGCUGGCAACCUGUAUCCUUGUGUUAUAUUCCUAAUUGUCUUUGAAAUUAAGUUUGAAGAAGUAUGGAAGAGUACAUGGACGUAGAAGAAACCAUAGUUUGAAUGCUGACACACAAGUUUGUUUCUGAUCACAGCUUAAACCAGUGUCCUUAGGAUAGGAUGAAGUCUGUUCCCUCUUAAACCAGUGCAGUCUAGAGUAAUUUAUUGUUGCCAGUACUGAUAAAUAAUGGGAUAGCUGGCAUAAAAGGUGAGAAUCAGACUCACUGACUCCAUUUUGCACAUACUGGUCAACAGCGAGAACAAACCAUAGACCAGGUCACAAGAAGUCUGUUUGGACUCAGCCUGCUGGGCUGAGCUUGUUCUUAAGAACUGCAGACCCUUGUGGAUGCAGUUUUGGUGGGCAUUUGGAAAGCCCCACCAGUCACUCUGCUGAGUUGCUUUUUACACCACUGCUUUUUCCUUAUUACAUAUCAAUGCCAGCCAGAUCAACAUUGAAGUCAACAUUGAAAUCAAAAAGGGUCUCCCAGUGCCGGGAAUCCUGACUAAUAUGAGACUGAAUCACGUCAUUGUCAGAAGUGACAAUAAAAGAUGUCAUUAACUGCGGCAGGAAACCUGUCCAGCACAAAUAGUGCAGCACCGAAGUGUUGUGGAGUUUUAGAGUAGCUGCAUAUGAUACUUUGACAGAGGUGCUUCUUAAGUGAAUGAAAGGCUACUUUCAAGAGAGAAGUUAAGGCACGUGUUGACACAUCGCUGCAGGUGUGCAAGUAGUCUAGGGGCAGCUCACAGUAGCAGAAUGCACUGUGGCAGUGUUCAAGAAGUUACGCAACUUGCCUGGGAAAUGGCCCGAUCCUGUUCUGCCUUGAUUAGCUAAAUUCCACCUCCUCUUCCUCAGGCUGUUAUCACCUGCAUGGGAGGAGGAGGAUUUAGGAAGACCACCACUCAUUUUACACCCCUCGGGAUAAAUUCGUUGAGCUGGCACAGUGGGAAAAAAAAAAAAAAAGAACCAUACAUAAGCUGAAUGUACAUGAUACGGAGGCUAUGGAGAGAAUAUGGGCAUAGUCUGGCAAACUCUCAAGCAAAACUUUCUUUGAAAGAAUAGUUCCAUGGAUAUGUGACUACAUAAAGAAAACUCAUGAAAGUAAAGGAGUUUCCCAAAUCAGGGCCAAAUUAGGAACCUAUUAUUGACAGUUCUUGCGGUGGUCCCUUUCAAAGCAUAUCUCAUCUCAGUGCACAUUAACGCAGAGUCAUGAAAUGGGCUACAAGCUUUGAAGGCAUUGCUGUGAAUGCCCCACACCAGCCUGUCUUGCCCAUAUUUUGCACAUGGGAUUCUCCUGUGGAGUUGAUACCUAUUUUCAAGGUUUUUUCUUCCAUAGGCAAAUCCCAUAAUAUCUUAAGACCUAAUCCACCUCCGUUAGAAAACAGUUUUGACUGGAACUGAAUCGUGUUCUUAAAUAAUCUAAUUUUCCCCAAACGUGCAGAGAUGCAGACACACACACAGCGGAAAAGCGGAGUAAUUUUUGUAUACCUCACUAACUAUUUCAAUUCCAAGAUUUUAUUUUGCACAGUAAAAUGGUGCCAAAGUUCUCACAUUAUUUUUUUUUCACAAAAAUAUACCUCAUAUUCUUACUCAAUAUGGACUCAUAAUUGAGACUGUAAAUUUGCAAGAAACACAGAACUGUCCAAUCAAUUGUUUAUGAAAUUGCUUCUAUUUUUAUAUGUAUGUGCUGCGCACAAUAGUUUAAUGUAUUCAUAAAAUAAACUUUUAUACAUUUUUGGUAGUGUUUUGACUCCAAAUCCCUCUUAACAUUUGGUUUUUCCCUUGCUUCAGAGCUGCUGUAUUAAA